CAAACACACUUGGUCCUGAAGGUUUGGGUUAAAGGCAUCCCUAGUAGCGACUCCAUAUAAACCAUUUUGAGGAUAGAAAGUGCUUCACCAAAAGUAAUAGGUCAGAAGCAUAAUGGCUGUAGCGGCUUCAAGUACACGCCCAGCAUAAUACUAAAAAAGUAUGAUCUCUGCACUAGGAAUUAAAUUAUAACAUUAGACAUAGUUUUAAUUUUGAACUUUUGAUCUAUAAAUUUAAGUGAUUUCUUUUUCUUAAAAUACAUCUUCCAGAAUGUUUGAGUGAGUUUAGGAGAAUUUAUGCCUGGGGGUGUUGGUUCUUUUAAAAUCUUAUUGAAGAGAAUGUUUCUGAGAAGCAUAAAUAGCACCGCGGAGAGGUGGAAGAACGGGGAGGAGUGACUUGUUUUUGGAAUCUCAGAGCUCCUUUGUUCAGCAUGUGAUUGUAAUUUUUCUCUGCAUUUAACAGAAUACAAAAGCCACACCCCAUUGUCUUAAAGGACAUCUGUGUUUAAAUAAAGUGUUUUUAUGACUAAGAUGAGAACCGUCACAUAAAAGGAAAGUAAAAUGUUCCGUGUGCGUCAUGUGACAGUGUCAGGAAAUUGUGGGGUUUUUUUUCCCUCCCGCUCAGUUCCUUCCUGCUCUUCUGCCCCCAAGCCUCUUUGAUGGACGAAAACAAUGCUCAUCACCGCGAGUUCGUCGGACUUGGCUCUGUCCUAGAUAAUGAGUUGAAGGAACUACUUAUUAGACUCUACUUUUAAGUAGGGUUGAGGAGAAUGUUCGUUUUCUAGAGAAGUGGCUGUGUGUACUCUGUUAGUCAGCUCUCCAUCGCUGUAACGAAACAAGUGAGGCGAUUCACACAUAAAGAGAAAAGGUUUAUCCUGGCUUGCAGUCUUGAAGGCGCCGGUCCAUGAUCUUGCUGGCUCUGUGUUUUGAGCCUGCGGUGAGUCAGGAGUGCAGGUGGAGCAGAAUGCCUCCCCUCACCACAAGCCACAGGGCAGGGAGGAGAAAGGAGCAGCGUCCCCCUUCCUUUUUCAGGGGCAUGUGCCCAGCGACCUCAGGAAGGCUCACUCCGAGGCCCUAUCUCCCAAAGGCUGACUGCCUUUCACUAGUGCUGGCAGCAAGCCUGCCUCUCAGGAUAAGCCAGCCUAUAGCAGACACCAGGAGACAUGUGGAAAUGUUGCUUUUUACCAAGCAGUAGGGAGAACGGGGAAAGAAGAAGUGGCUUAUUUUAUUUUAUUUUUUUAUUUUUUAUUUUAAUGCUGGCGGUUGCCCUUCCCUUUUAGUAACCGUGAGGGCAAGAUGCACCGUCUCAUCUGCUGCCCAACGUGAGGUAUGAUGGAUAUAAUGUCUUGUGAGAUCUCCCUGACCCUCGGAGGCUGCCCGGAGCUCCGCAGCUGUGCAGCUGCAGCAACCCAAGGGGCUAAGCUCCAGCCCCAGGUUCCCACUGCAGCCUGGCUCCCUGCGGUUUUCCUUUCUCUAAGCAGCAGGCUUCCUGGGCCUCUUCUCCUUGGUAAUUGCCAGCACCAGUCCUGCACUCUCCCUGAGGAUACGCACGCACGGAGGCCUUUUUUAUUUCGAGAUUUUUCUGUUAAGCGAAAAUAGCAACAGGAAAUCAGAAAGCGUCUCAGACCCGAUUUCUCUUGGAAAGCCCCUUGGGACGCGGCUUUUAUUUCCGGUGCUGGGCUUGCUUUUCUUUCAGACUUCUUGCUUGUCUCCCAUUCAAGGCAAAGUUUCUUUUCAAGAAGGCUCAUUCCCAGAAAACAGGCUGAAGAAUUCACCGAAUGCCCUGUGAGCAAAUGGUCCUUAAUUCGCAGUCAGCUUGUAGGAUGUUCCUCAAAAUGUUCUCUUUCCUUAACAAUAUGAGGGACACUUUCUUAUGUCUAUAAAGUAUUUUGAGACAGGGUUUCACUUUGUAGCCCAAGCUAGCCCAGCGCCUGUGAUGUAGGGCCUCAAACUUAUGAUCUCCUGCCUCACCUCCAGACUUACCCCGUAUACAUUUUACAUUGAGCGUUUCCACACAUUCAGCUUAAAUCUUAACUAUUCCAGAUAGUUCCGAGGUGUGAUUUACUCAAAUGGGAAUUCACUGACAUUAUUUGGUAGGGAGGGUCAUUACUUGAGUAGAGACUAAUGAUGGGCUGGCCCUGCUGUUGGUAGCCUCAGGCAAAGGCCACACUGCCUUGUUAUCUCUGAGUUGACUUCAGAUGACAUCUUUUGCUUUUGGAAAACAAUAUCCCAGACAUGAAAUAAACCAUGAGUCACAUAAUAAAUAUAAUGCCAGGCUUGUGCUGUGGCUACUUUUAGAGUAUUGUAUUUUAGCACUAACUUAAUUAUCUGUUUGAUACCCAAGUUGGCAGUCCUGGCUUUCCUCCCCAAUGUAAACAAAAUAACAUUGUUUAGUUCCUCCGCUAUUUAUUGCUAUAAUAGUAGAAACAUUUUAGAAUGGAAGCUUUUUUUUUUUAAGUCUGUUUUCUCUGGUAAUACAAAAUGGAAUGUUUGUUUGGGAAAGUAGCCUCCUCCACUCUGAGGGAGGAAAGAAACCCCUGGCCAGGCACUCACUCCAUCCAGGGUUGGAGUUCAGCUGUAAUAGCUUAGAACCUUGGUUUCCUCAGCCUGCUCAGCAUUAGCCGAACUCUGGGCUUGUGGCUGCAGUUUGCUGUGCUCAGUACACUCCCUUCUGGGCAGCAGCCAUUUCUGAAGCCAAAUGAUAAUCAGAGGUUGCCUGAUGAGCGUGAUGUCUGAGGCAAAGGGUGUGGGGUGCUCUGAAUGGCGUGUGUCACACAGCCUCGGGCUGUCCUCCCCACACCACAGGCUCCUCCUCUUGGCCCAUGAGGCUGCCUCUCUUGCUGUCUCAGUGAGAUGCCAUGUGAAUAGCAUCCUUUGUUAAAGAAGACACAAAGCCCUAGGGUUGGCAAAGGAAAGAGUUCUGGAAGGUAAGACUGUGUGCACUGAACACUUGUCCUGGAGUUUUCUGCUCCUGCAGUUCAUCGUCUUCAGCCUCAGAACUCUCUAGAACAUUGUGCUAAACAUCAGACCUUCCUGUGGUCCUUAACAUCCCUGAGAGAGGCUGGGAUGGCUAAGAAAAGCUAAAGGAAAGUGAAUACAUACAGUGUGAAAGCACCAGGCCAGUGAAGGAUAGAGUUCUGUGCCUGAGCUUGUUGAAGAAGGCCAGGAGAUCUGAUGCAAAUCUGGAGGACACUCUGGCUUUGUUCAGGAGGGUUUGGCUGUGUAGCCCUGGCUCUCCUGGAACUCACUCUGUAGGCCUCGAAUUCAGAGAUCCAUGUGCCUCUGCUUCUCAAGUACAGGGACUAAAUGUAUGUAUAUGUAUGUGUGUACAUGUGUAUGUAUAUGAGUGUAUGUAUACAUGUGUACCUGUAUGCAUGUACAUGUGUGUACUGUGUACAUGUGUAUGUACAUGCAUAUAUGUAUAUGUAGAUAUAUAUGUGUGUAGCCUGUAUGUUAUGUGUGCAUGUACAUGUAUAUGUACAUGUGUAUAUAUACAUGUGUGUACAUGUGUAUACAUACAUGUGUGUGUACACGUGUACAUGUGUGCAUGUACAUGUGUACAUGUGUAGUCUGUGCAUUUAUAUGUGUAUAUACAUGCACAUAUAUGUGUGUGAAUGUAUAUAAGUGUGUAUGUGUACAUAUGUAUAUGUGUCUGUGUACAUGUGCAUGUACAUGCAUGUAUGUGUAUGUCUAUGCAUGUGUAUGUGUGUACCUGUGUAUGUACAUGUGUGUGUUUGUGGGUAUGCAGGUAUAGAUGGAGGUCAGAAGACAAUUUCUGUGCUGUUCUUCCUCAGACCCCAUCCACCUUAUUUUUUGAAACAGAGACUCUCCCUGGCCUCCUUCCCCAUGGUUUUAAAUAUUUGCUUUCCUCCUCCCUAAGAUUACCAAAUAGAAACCUUUCUAUGCUCCCGCCCCCUUGCUUUCUGAAGGCAACAUGCCAUUGUACUUUAAGAAAGACUUUUCCUUUUCUACAGCAACAGUGGUAAGCACAAGUUCAGGAGCACAGAAGGCGUGGGGAGAUGACGAAGCAGAGUUUUAGUUUAUUAAAAGAGAUUUUAAUAUAGAUUUUAAACAGAAAGAUUAAGGGGAGGAUAGAUGUUCAGGAGGAAUGUAUGACACACCAAGAGUGGGCUUGUCAAAGGAGACUGUAAGUUUGUGAAUGAUAAGCUUAGCAUGCAUACUUGGGGAGGGAGGGAGAGAUGGAGAGAUGGAGGGAGAGAUGGAGGGGGGUGCUCAGGGAAAGAAUAAGACACACUCAAGUGUGGACCAGGCUUCUCAAGGGACAGUCACAAUUAAGUACCUUAGCAUCAGUUUUAUAUUCUAUUUUGGUAACUCUCAAGUUAUAGCUCCAAGGGUUGCUAAGAAACAAUUUUCUCUCCAUAUUUUAUUUUUAGAUAGGGUUUCAUUGUGUAGCCCAGGAUGGCCUGGAACUUGCUAUGGAGAAACCAUUGUAGAAAGAAUUGUGAGCCAUUAUCUUGUUCCUGAUGAAAAGAUCCAGAUGGGAAAUGUACUCUAUCUCCACAGUUCAGGUCCUAGGACAAACAUUGUAUCUUAACUAAGUAAGUGUUGACUUGGUACCACCUGGGCAGGAAAAACACACAGCACCUGCAAAGCGCAGCUGGAACUGGAGCAGGGUCUUGCAGGAGCUGCAGAAAACCUUUGAAAUUUCCAUAGGAAGGGCAGAUGAAGCGAUUUCCAACUUGUCUCAUCGGCAAAGGCAAGGAAAUGUCUUUCCAUUCGUAAGUGUUUAGAUCAGGGCCACGUGUUUAUGAAGAUUAGCCAGCUGACCAGUACUCCCAGAGAACUUUGCUGAAGAGUCUGGAAGGGCGUUCUGUGGUCCCAAGGCAGUGGAAAGAGAUUGUGGAACAGGCGUGCCAAGGGAGGUCCUGAAGAAGUCUGUCCAGGCGGCUUGCUAAUGAUUAUGAAGCCAGACUUGGCUGUUCUCUGAAGCUUUGGAAGAUUUGAGAGCUGAGAUUCAACGAAUGCAAUGAGAAAGGGGGCGCUUUGAAGAUUAAAGACAGCUUGGGAGAGAUCCUCUUACACCUCCAUACUUGGCUACCAUAUUUUACGUGAAAUAUAAGCAGAAGAAAAAAGUAUAAACCAAGCUAGGCCUUCGGGCAGGGGUGAGAUAUAGUGCUAUAAUACCAGUUACUCAAGAGGUCGUGUCAACUGGAUCACGAGUUCAAGGCCAGUCAGAGCAACCUAAGUGAGCCCCAUGUCUGAAAUAUAAAAAGUAUAGACCUGGGCGAAGGCUGCACAGGUAGCCUUAGGUUGGCAGCCCGGUCACGUCUUGGGCUGCCUGUCUCCCUAGGCUUGCUAGCUUGAGGCAGCUCCAGCAGCAGCGCCAUGGGAGGUAGAGCAUCUACAUGGAUGGAUAGACUCAGGCCGGAUGGGACUUGCCAGAACGUAGCCAUCAACCUUCAUCCAUCGGGGUGAGCCCCUUUAAUUUCAAGGUUGUAGCUAUUCUGUCUCUCCAACCUACCACCCGAAGCCUUGACUCAGAACUACACUCUUUCAAGAGUCUUCUGUUUUUUCUUUCUUUCUUUCUUUCUUUCUUUCUUUCUUUCUUUCUUUCUUUCUUUCUUUCUUUCUUUCUUUCUUUCUUUCUUUCUUUUCAUGUCUGGCAGAUACUUCUUAAGAACCUGACCUCACCACGUCCCCAGAAACCCUUCUUUUGAAAACUGCUUCUUCAACAGGAACAUUUUCUUACGAUUCUGUUUUCCCAAGAGGAACUAUAUUGUUGUCGUCAUUGUUAUUAAACACGGUUCUUUGCCUCUCUAAGCGGCCUGGAAAGACUUGAGCACAAUUUGGGCUGAAGGUUGAGGUCACCAUCUGCCAGCUUCUCUGCCCCGAGGUCUGCUUCGUGCUGGAGUGGACAGGCCUUGCCUCCCCAGGCUGAUAAAACCAAGUGGGCACUUGGUUGCCUGCACCUGCGGCCCCUCCAUCUCUCCCAGGCUUAGACGUGAGGAUACUUCUGCCUUGUUUCUGGUUUCUGUCCACGGAGCUGGCUCCGGGGCUCCGGGGCUCCGGGGCUCAGACCGCCUUGCUGCUCAGGCUGAUGCCGGGAUUGGGUGCCGAGGCGCCGCCUCCGUCUCUGCGUGCCCGCGCGCUCGCUCCCGCCCUCCUCCCCGCCCCAGCCCGCUCCGUUCUCAGCCGUUCGGGCUCCGCACUGCAGAUGCCAGCCGGUCUCCCGGAGCUCAGCCGCUUUCUCUGAUCCUCUUGACUCCCGGAGCUCCGGCUGCGCGCUCGCGACUCUCCAGGGAGCCUCGCCGGCUUGGACUCGCCGAGCCCUGCGUGAGGAGUCAUUCCGGCGCCGCAGCCGCAGCCGCAGCAGCAGUGAGCAGCCGGGCGGCGGACGGCGCUGUCGGAUGCGGCAAGACAAACUGACCGGCUCCCUGCGUCGCGGCGGGCGAUGCCUCAAGCGCCAGGGCGGCGGUGGCGUGGGCACCAUCCUGAGCAAUGUGCUCAAGAAGCGCAGCUGCAUCUCGCGGACCGCGCCCCGGUUGCUCUGCACCUUGGAGCCGGGAGUUGAUACAAAAUUGAAGUUCACACUUGAGCCUUCUUUGGGUCAAAAUGGUUUUCAGCAGUGGUAUGAUGCUCUCAAGGCUGUGGCCAGACUGUCAACGGGGAUACCAAAGGAAUGGAGGAGAAAGGUUUGGUUGACCUUGGCGGAUCAUUAUCUGCACAGUAUAGCCAUCGACUGGGACAAAACCAUGCGUUUCACUUUCAAUGAGAGAAGCAACCCGGAUGACGACUCCAUGGGAAUUCAAAUCGUCAAGGAUCUGCAUCGCACGGGCUGUAGUUCCUACUGUGGCCAGGAGGCAGAGCAAGACAGGGUGGUACUAAAGCGGGUGCUAUUGGCUUACGCCCGGUGGAACAAGAACGUCGGGUACUGCCAAGGCUUCAACAUCCUGGCUGCCCUCAUUCUGGAAGUGAUGGAGGGCAACGAGGGGGACGCGCUGAAGAUUAUGAUUUAUCUGAUUGAUAAGGUACUCCCCGAAAGCUACUUUGUCAAUAAUCUCCGGGCACUGUCUGUGGAUAUGGCUGUCUUCAGAGAUCUCUUGAGACUGAAGCUCCCCGAGCUGUCUCAGCACCUCGACACACUUCAGAGAACGGCGAACAAAGAGAGCGGAGGCGGAUACGAGCCCCCGCUCACCAACGUCUUCACAAUGCAGUGGUUCCUCACGCUCUUUGCCACGUGCCUCCCGAACCACACGGUUCUGAAGAUCUGGGACUCCGUGUUCUUCGAAGGUUCAGAGAUCAUCCUGAGGGUGUCGCUGGCCAUCUGGGCAAAGCUGGGAGAGCAGAUAGAAUGUUGCGAGACAGCAGACGAAUUCUACGGCACCAUGGGGCGCCUCACCCAGGAGAUGCUGGAGCAGGAUCUGCUACAGAGCCAUGAACUCAUGCAGACCGUGUAUUCGAUGGCCCCUUUCCCGUUCCCGCAGUUGGCAGAGUUGAGGGAAAAGUAUACCUAUAACAUCACACCGUUUCCAGCCACGAUUAAGCCCACUUCAGUUUCUGGGCGACACAGUAAGGCCAGAGAUAGUGACGAUGAGAACGGCCCGGAUGAUGAGGAUGCUGUUGCGAGUGCCGUGGGGUGCCUUGGACCGCUCAGUGGGCUCCUGGCACCUGAACUGCAGAAGUACCAAAAGCAGAUUAAAGAAGCGACUGAGGAACAGACCCUCAGAUCGAACAACAUCGCAGAGCUGAGCCCAGGAGCCAUCAAUUCCUGUCGGAGUGAGUACCAUGCAGCGUUCAACAGUAUGAUGAUGGAGCGGAUGACCACGGACAUCAACGCCCUGAAGCGGCAGUACUCCCGAAUUAAGAAGAAGCAACAGCAGCAGCUCCAUCAGGUGUACAUAAGGGCAGGAUCUAAAGAAGAACAGGACCUUGGGUUCUACUUAGGUCCUGAGGAACAGGCUGUGGAUGACAAAGGGCCGGUGACCAGCAUCCUCCCAUCGCAGGCAAAUAGUUCUCCCGUGAUCAACCACCUUCUUCUGGGGAAAAAGAUGAAAAUUACAAACAGAGCAGCCAAGAAUGCAGUGAUCCACGUGCCAGGCCACCCAGGAGGGAAAAUCUCUCCCGUCCCCUAUGAAGACAUUAAGACAAAGCUCAACUCUCCAUGGCGGACUCACAUCCGAGUCCACAAAAAGAACAUGCCGAGGACCAAGAGUCAUCUAGGCUGCGGAGACACGGUAGGGCUGAUAGAAGAACAGAGUGAAGGCUGUAAGGCCAGCAGCUUGGGGGCAGCCGAGGAGUUUCCCUCCGGUCGUACAGUAACAGCUCACAGUGAAGGCAGCAGCGGUGAUGGUGAUGGAGGCGGCAGCACUCCGAGGACGAUCGAAGGGCAGUCUCCGGAGCCAGUGUUUGGGGAUGCUGACGUCGACGUGGCUGCAGUUCAGGUGAAAUUAGAAGCCUUGGAACUGAACCAAAGGGAUGCCGCGGCAGAAACGGAACCCAAGGUGCACUUCCCCUGCCAGCGGCACGCUUCAGAGUUAGCCGAUGCCCCUGGAGAAAACCAGACUGCCAUCAAACUUCUCCCGGGAAGCACCUCAAAAACCCCCAUCUUCAGCCCCUUUCCCAGUGUCAAGCCACUGCGAAAGUCAGCCACGGCCAGGAAUUUGGGGUUAUAUGGCCCCACAGAAAGAACCCCAAACGUGCACUUCCCUCAGAUGAGCAGGGGCUUCAACAAGUCCGGCAUUGGGAACAGCAGCACCAAGAAGCGAUGACGCCUCGAAGUGGCUCAGUGGCUAGACUCACGUGGCAGGCUACGCCCUUCCUGUUUCUUUUGUCCAAUAAGAAUGAACUGAGAGGUUCAGAGCUGAGCACCAUCAGCCCCAUCCAAACGGGAAUUGGAAGUUCCAUGGUGGGGACCAGAUGGGACCUUUGCCCAUCUGCUGGGUAAAGUGGAUUCUGGUGACUAAGUAAAUCUUGUGCGUCUCAAGUAUGGCGUUUCCCCAAUUUUCCUUGUGAGCUCUUUAGAAAAGACAACCUGUAGACUGUUAAGCCCUCUUCUGGCCUUCUCAGGGCCUUUUUGGAUCCCUGAAACAACACAUUCCCUGACCUUUCUGUCCUCAGGAGGUCACUAAUACUCAAGCAUGAACGAACACCAGCUUGCUAGAACUAAAACCGUAGAAAGUAAGUUUCUUAGUUGCAAAAAAACUUCCUGAUGUUCCUCUUUCUGCUCUGUUGGGGAGGGGAGGGAGUUUGUGUGUGUAUGAGUAAGAGUGCCUGUGUGUGCUUGGGUGAGAGUGUGUGUGUGUGCGCGUGCACAUGUGUAUACUUUAAUACCUGUCUUCAGAUUAUUUUUUAUUGAUAUGCUAAAGCAUAGCAAAAAUGUCAAGAUAGCCUUUCUUUAACUUUCUAUUUCUACCUGUGAAAAAGAAAAUCUUCAAAUAAGACGAAAUUGAAGUCAAUAGCCAAAUUGAAGACUAUAUGCAGAGACACAGGUGGACUAUGCAUUAAGCAACUGCUCUGAACGGUUUGCUGAUUGCCACCUUUCUGGAGGCUCAUUUUUUUCUCGCAAGGACUCGAUGGGCUCUGUGUGGAACUCCAGCAUCCUCUGAACAUGGUUCUGAUCGCUACCAGCUCUCUCUCCACUGCAGAUGCACAGCUCCAAACCAGAACACCGCACAGUGACUGUUACUUGAAUUUUGUGGUUUCGGGUUGCAGUACUUUUGUUACUUUGUUACUUGAACACUGCCUUUCUCUGGAGAAGGCCCUCUUUCCCCCAUGUUCUUUCUGUCUUUCCACUCCUACCCUGGUCCCAGCAGAUCAGAGGGAGAGCAUCUCUUGUCUCUACUAUGCAGUUGGGAACUCUGAGCCACACAGGUUAAGUGGCACUUCAGUAACUCACGGUAAAUAAUCCAGUGUUUCUUCUACGACAAGCUGGUCUAUUGCUCUUUGUCCGUGCGCACUGACUGACUACAGAGCUUGUAUGAGCCAAGACUAGGAAGCCAUUUAAUACACAGCCUCCUAAUUCAAAGGCUCGUUCUCUAGCUGGUAUAGAGUCCCGGAAUGGUGUUCACAGAAUGAGUUGUGAAACUGCCUCACCAUGAAAAUUUAGUUCCUUUUCAACAUGCUUCACGCGUCUAUCCUUUGGAUAAAUGAAGGGCUCUCCACUCCGUCUCCACCAUCAUUAGCAGAAUACAGUGAUAUCUUUACCUUCGUUUCCCAGAGCCUUUGGCUCCUCCCAGGAACUCUGUUGAAGCCGUCAAUGUUGGUUUGAGUGAGUUGCUUUGCUAUUUCUGAAACCAAAUCUGGUUUCAGAAGGCUUUUACAAUGAGAAGUACUCAUUUUUUUAAUCAGAUAGAGUGGAGUUGUGUGGGCUCUUUUGAAUGAAAAACCACUACAGGAAUGACACAUUUAAUCCCCCACAUGGUAGUUUUACCCCAAAGGAUGCAAGAUGGAAUAGCUGGUAAGUUGUUACAGUUUGGGCCUGGAGUUCUAUCUGAAGUUAGCAGGCCACUUCCUCUGUCUGUAGGGAAGGCUGUGGGUGGGGGGUUGCGUGGGCUUACUUUGUAUGCCACCCCCAGAUGAUGAGACCCACUGUUUCCCAAAGUUAAGCACAAGAAGAGAAUUUCUUUUAUCUACUAAACUUCAUUCACAACGACCACCUAAUUAUCAUCUUUUCUCUUGAUCAUUCCAAUUAAGCAUCACACACACACACACACACACACACACACACACACACACCCCAUGACUGACUUGAAGAGAAAAUGGUUCUCUCUCCACCAAGAUCCCUGGCUCUUGAGGGUCUUAGUGUUUGGAGGGAGAGAUGGAUAAUUGGGUGGGGUUGUCUAUCAACUGUUCUCUUAGUAUCUCGUCCCCCAAUAUCUUAAGAAAGAGCCGGAUGAGACAGCACAGGGUAUGGGCCGAGUAUUGGUUGAACGAAUAGCUGGAAGAAUAUUUUUGUGUGUGUGUGGUAAAAAUGACCAUGUCAAUUUAGGAAACCCAACAGAUUCCUGUUAAAGCUCUCUGUACUGAUAACAUGCAUGCACUGUACCAGGUAAUCACAAUGUGAACUGACGGACUUCUGAGCCUUGCCACUUAGAGAACAAGAACUCUGUAAUAGCCUCCCCUCCCCCGCCCCUCCCCACAGCAUGUACAAAGGGGCAGUUGUGACUGUCCAUCUUCCCCACGUGUCGGACACUGUAUGCAAACACCGGAAGAACUUAAUAACUGCAGUUUAUUUCCGAGUCUGCCUGUACCCUUUCAGCACUUUUUCUGGAAGUCAACUGCACCUCAGUCCUCUCCAAAAAGAUCUAGAUCUAAACCUAGUUUGUAAUGUCGAUCUAUGGCUGUAACUGUUUGGAACAAUGUUCUCUCUCUCUCUCUCUUUUGUCUAGUUCUGAAGAACUGUACUGAUCACAGAGAUAUAUGCAUAAAGAUUCUCACUGUUGUG